AUGUCAGCUCCAGAGGAUAUUGGACCACUCGCUUCACACUGUUUGGUAACUUAUAAAAAUUCAUUAUACAUUUUCGGAGGAACAAUAGGAUGUAAUAGUUUCGCAGUGACCAAUUUUUUCCACUAUGCAACUCCGCCAUUUUCACAAGGCAAAAUCUCAUGGCAGCCACUCUCAACUCAAAAUGUUAAAAGUGUUACUGACUCCGGUUGUAUUGUUGACGAAACUCGCGGCCUUUUAUUCGUGAUUGGCGGCAAAGAUUAUCUUAACAAUACUUUGCCUGGUAUUCAAGUUUACGAUUUUAAUACUCAAAGAUGGAAUGAUCCGCAAUAUUCACAAAACUUUAUUCCAAACGAUCUUACGACUGACUUUUGGGGACCACGUGCAGUAUGGUUACAACCUGGCCUUAUGUUUAUGUGGGGUGCGAAUUCUACAAUACAAGGAUCAUAUUUAUUAGAUAUAAAUGUUAAUCCAUGGCAAUGGACGGUUUUAUCUGAUAAUAAGAGUAAUAUUGUUCCAACUAAAUCUGCUGGUGUCGUAUCGGUCAAAGGGAAUUCAUUCAUAUUUGGUGGCUUUCACGAGAAAGAUAAUUCCAUAAAUCAAACUACUUAUAUUUAUUCACCAAAAUAUGGAUUUAUGAUUCCUCAAUUUCAAUUGCCAGUCCCAUUUAAUAGUGGUGUAAUAGGUGUUUGGAACAAUAAACUCAGUAUUAUCAUGAUGGAUACUGGCGGUGGUAUUAUGGAAGUGGUAAAUUUUGACUUGAAAACUUUUCAAUUUGAUAAUGUUAUUUCGGCACCAUUCAUUCAAAACCUUACAAUAACUCGGAAUCGGGGAUAUGGGGCACAAUUUCAAUGGUCUGACUCCGUAUUUAUUUAUGGUGGUACAGCUGGAUAUUGCAGUCAACCUAUCCUCGAUACUUGGAUAGCCUACAAUAUGUCAAGUCAAAAAUGGGAAACAACUUUUAACGAUAUAAAAAGUACUAACAUUAUAAGUAAUGAUCUUUCUCUACCAAAAAUCAAUGGUCUUGACAUAAAUAACGAAGAUUCCGUUGUGACAUAUUCAACUAGUGCUAGUAUAGAAUAUAGAAUUAUGGGUUCUAAGUUAAAGCAAAGAGUUCAAAUUAAAAAUAAGAGAUAG